AUGACUUCUAUGAGCACGAGCGUGCGCAGUGCUGAGCGCGUCGCGUUCAACGCGUCCAGGAGACGCGUCCUGCCGGGUCCACAGACGCGUCGGCUCAUGACGCGUCCGCCUCCCGCGUACCCCGGCCACAUCCCGCUCAGUAUGCCCGAAAAGGCAUUUAUGGCGGUGGGCUCGGGUCUCAUGGCGCUUCUGAACCCCAGGCGAGCGGACAUGGUCGCCGCGGCGGGGGAGACUACUAUUGGUCCUGUAUUACCACGAAUGCGCGACCAUAUGCUUGCUAGUCCGGAAGGAAGGAGGAUAUUGAAGGAGCGACCGCGGAUCAAUUCCAACACUGUGGAUUUGGCUGCACUGGCGCGUUUACCGGAGAAUACCCUCGGGCGUACAUAUGUUACCUGGCUGGAGAAGGCUGAAGUCACGCCAGACUCGAGAGAACCGGUACACUACAUCGACGAUCCGGAACUCGCAUAUGUUAUGCAGCGCUACCGCGAAAGCCACGACUUCUACCAUGCGAUCAACGGGAUGCCUGUGACCGUCGAGUACGAGAUUGCAGUAAAGGCGUUCGAGUUCACGAAUCUCGGUCUACCGAUGGCCGCACUGGCAAUGGGCGCAAUAUGGCGCCUCGGACCCAAACGUCGCGCGCGACUGCUGAACGAAUAUCUGCCGUGGGCCGUUCGCUGCGGGAGCUCGGCUCGGAGCAUGAUCACCGUGUACUGGGAGGAACGGUGGGAGCAGGACAUGGGCGAGCUUAAACGGGAACUCGGAUUGUUCGAUCCGCCCACGCCACCCAAGUGGAAGGCCAAGAAGCCGGUCGAGGCGAGCGUAGUGCCGGCGUAG